AUGACAAUCACAUCCUCAAGUGCCGUGCAGCGUACAUUUGAAUACUGCGAAUGUCCCUCCAAUACCCUCCCGCUUAGCACCAUCCAGUCUGGCUACUUUCCCGGAUCACCUGUGAUACCUCAGGUUGCCUUCCAUUUUGACAUCCUUUCCCUAUACCUAGCUUUGAAUGUGAGCUCGUCUACUCCGAUUGCCUCCUUCCAUGCCGCUUUGUUUGGCAUAUUGCAGGAGAAUGGUUAUGGAUUCCCUGUCAAUGAAUUCUUUCUAGGCCCGUUUAGCGAAGCAGUUACAUGGUUUAAGGCCCUGUGGGAUGUUGUAGAGGUUGAAACAGAAAGAGAGUUUCUCCUACCCACAGGCCCUGCGGAGCUCGAUGCACCGCUAUGUCUUGACACACUGCAUAAAUCUGUAGGCCUGACCAUGAUGGAUCUGCUCAUGAUGGCAAUCCAACGAUCGUACCUCAUGGCAUGA